UCUUUCCCAUUUGGAGCCGAAGAAAGAGAGACCUUAAGCGGCAAAAAGCAAUUGUUGCGAUAUGGUGACAAUCUUCAUGGCUUCUAUGGCUUCCGGCUCCUUCAGCCUCUUCUACAAACGUAGCUCUCCUCUCCACCCCACCACUCAUUUCCGGCGUUCCGCUGCUCGUCUCCGUUUCCUGGAGAAAUCUCGCAGGCUGCUAACACCGCGCUGCGAGGGCAACUCAAACCCUGCAGAUCCUCCCUCCGACGCAAGUAGUACUCAAAGCUUAACUAAGUCCAUUUACUCCAAGCUUUACAACUGGGACACUGUUUCUUGGGGGGCUCUUCUGUGGAACAAAUUCCUCUCCCCCUCAUUGUCUUUUCUUAGCCGGAGAAUAUUCCACAAAGUGCUUCCUACAGAUGAUAUCCUCAAGCUGAAAGGUUUAAGGGGGCCUUCUAGGUGUGGGUUAUGUUUGGCAGCUGAAGAAUCCAUUGAUCAUCUAUUCUUUGAAUGCCAAUUCUCUCAAGAUGUUUGGAGGGAAUGCUUAAAAUAUGUGAUGCUGGAUACUCUAAAUUUGGACUGGUGGCACCUCUCCUCCUGCUGGGUCAGUUGGCUUGAUGCUGGGCUUGGGCCAUUCCCUCUGGUUAUUGCUUGGUUUCUGUGGAUGGCCAAAAAUCAAUUCAAGUUUGAUGAUCAGCCUAUAACUGUGAUCAAGGUGGCCAGACAUUGCAUAUCCUUCCUCAUUAAGCUUAUCAAGCACAAGGGAUUUCCCAACAUUUGCUCCAUUCCAAGUCUGGAUAGUCCCCCCUUAGCUGUUGUUAUCAAAGUCUUCUGGAAGUCCCCUCACCUUCCUUUCAUUAAGGUUAAGCCCGUUGCGGAGGCCAUUUCCAUAGUAGAUGAUACUGUUAGCAUUUCUCAAAGUGAAUUAUUUCCAGCACUUCCAAAUAAAAGCAUCAACAGACGGAUUGCUUUGACUUCUACGGUUGUUGCAUUUGGACUCUUUUUAUCAUCUAGGCUGGAAUUUGGUAUUUCUUUGAAAGAUUUAUCAUCUGCUGCAAUUCCAUAUGAAGAGGCUCUUUUAAAUGGGAAGCCUACAGUUGUUGAGUUUUAUGCAGACUGGUGUGAAGUAUGCAGAGAACUAGCUCCAGAUAUCUACAAAGUUGAACAGCAGUACAAGGACCGUGUCAACUUUGUCAUGAUGAAUGUUGAUAACACAAAGUGGGAGCAGGAGCUUGAUGAAUUUGGCGUCGAGGGAAUCCCUCAUUUUGCCUUCUUGGAUAGAAAUGGGGAUGAGGAGGGGAACAUUGUAGGCAGGCUUCCUAAGAAAUAUUUGCUGGAGAACGUUCAGGCUCUUGCAAAGGGUGAAGCAUCAGUACCACAUGCCCGGAUGGUCGGGCAAUACUCCAGUGCUGAAUCCAGAAAGGUGAAUCAGGUUAAGGAUCCCCGAAGCCAUGGGUAGGUAAUUUUUUUUUUCCUAGAGCUAUUUGUUGUUAUUAAAAAUUUAAUAUUGAUAUUGUUGCAAAUAUAAUGUUCCCUCAUAUCUUGUAGAUAUUAUUCUGUUAAUAAUAAUAAAAAUAAAACUUAGUUGAUUUGAGGAGCUGAGACAUGUCUUUAUGC